GCUACUGCCCGUUCCCAGCUGCAGACGGGCCGGUGUAGGACGCAAUCCGCGUCCGUGGGCGGCGACAGAAUCUGGAUCCUGAGUCGGGACGUAGCCAAGAGGCCCAAGGCGAAUACUGAGAACGCCUUCAAAGCAUUAAAAAAGCAGACGGUCUGUCGAAGAGAGAGAGAGAGAGAUGGGUUGCCAGAAAGCAGAGGUGGAAGCGAAAGAGGCGACGGUCUUCGAUUCAUCUUCUUUUUCCGAUGGUGUAAGCGAUGCGUUACUCUUCACCACCAUGUGCAUGAUAGGGCUGCCCGUCGAAGUUCAGGUCAAGGACGGUUCCAUCUGUUCCGGCAUUUUCCACACUGCCUGUUUCCAAAACGAUUACGGUAUCAUUUUGAAAAAAGCAAAGAUGGAAAAGAAAGGAAAAUACAAUGCAAACAUAGGAGGGGCUCUUGUAGAUACGUUGGUCAUAUUUACAAAGGACCUCGUUCAAGUAGUUGCAAAGGGACUUUUACUUUCGGCAGAUGGAAUCAGUGGAAAUGUUGCUAGCAAUGAUGUAGAAACAGUCAUGGGACUCACUCAACCUCAAGCUGGCCAUAGAGAACUGGAAAGGGAGCCUGAAUCGUUGAAAUCUGGCAAAGUUGCCUCAGAAAGGAGCUCGGACCAUAAUGCAGAAACUAAUUCUUCUCAUGGUUUGACAAAUACAAAUAUCAGGGAUGGUCUCCUCACAAAUGUACGCCGAAAGCCAUCGGAAAGUGUGCCAGAAGCUGAAUAUGGAAAAAUGGAAGGCGUUUGUAGGGCAAAGUCCGACGAAGAUUCUGCUGUUCAGGUUGUUUCCAGUUCUGAGAGACAGGCUGGGAAAGAGAAACCUCAGUUCGUAGAGGAUCUUUAUGGGGCUCGUAAGGACAGCAAUAUAGUACGCAAGGUUCCCUCUUUUAGUUCAAGUACGAAUGUUUAUUAUGCAGCGAGUUGCCUUCCCCAUCCAAAAUCUGUUGAGGGAAGGGUUGUUGAGAUAUCAGCAGAUGGAGCAGAAUGUGUUCAUCCUGUCUCUCCACUCAUCUCAUCAGAAGCCUCAGAUGGUGCCAUGCCCUUUUCUACAAGUGUCCAAUCAUCUGAUUUUCCUGCUCCAAAUGCUUCCAAUUCAACUUUAGAUGUUACAUCAGCUUCAAGUUCUAAUCGUUUGGCGGCACCUACAGUGGUGGUUCCUUCAAAUAACUCAGUUUCCAACACGAGUGCAAAGGAAUUUAAGCUCAAUCCGGGAGCAAAAACCUUCUCACCAUCAUUUGCAAGUCCUAGGUCAGUGCCUCCUCCAGUGUCGACCGUAGGUUAUGUUCCGAACAGCUCUGCUGUGCUGCCUGUUGCUGGUGUGCAUCCUGGAGUUGAAAUCAGCCCUCUUGUACCCCAUCCAUCUGUGCCCUUGAAGCUUGUCUCAUACAAUAACCUGUUUUCUGGAAACAAUGGCAGCGGUUCUCAAUAUUCUCUACCUAUUGUUGGACACAUUGGUGGCAGGCAACAGCCGGUGAGAUAUGGCAGCCCAUUUCAAACUGGACCUGCUUAUGUGCAUCCAAAUCCUCAAACUGUUAUGGUUGGACGAAUGGGACCGGUGGUUUAUGUGCAUCCAAUCCCUCAUGAUGCAAUUCAAGGAGCAGCAGCUCUCUCGCAAGUACCUGCACGCCCUAUGUUGACUCCACAUCAAUCUCAUCUACCAAAGCACCAAGGAACUGCAGCUCAGACAUUGCAGCUAUGUAUGACACCUCCCGUUGUAGCCAGUGUGCAGCAACCAUUUUCUGUUCCAAGCCACAUCCCAUUCCCGCAACCCUUCCCCACGAUGCGGCCCACUUCGGGCCCCGGCAGUAAGUUCCAGUGAAAUUGUAUCUUUUUGGGAUUAUUCUGAGUUUUAAUCGAAUUUGGGAUUCUUCAAUUUGUCAAAUUGUUUCAUUGAGAGAGGAAAUUUCAACUGUAUACGAGUGCUUGCAUUUGAGGGUUUAAGCAUUACAGCUCCAAAGUGUA